UUGGCUGCAGAACACAAGCCCCGCCCCGGCGCACAGGCGUAUUGUUGUUCGCCGGAAUAAAGAUGGCGACCUGGCCCGCGUAAUUUGGAGAUUCACUUGAGGCAGGUCCCCAUCCUGUCUUCAUGCUGCCUGCCUGGAACAUCUUCGAUGAGGAAAUAUACUGAGUGGCAAUGGCUUUUGAAGAGAUCAGGAACAAAGGAGAAAUGGUUUCUGAUUUAGACAUUGCGAUGGAGGGAGAGAGGGGUCUUGUCGCCGGUCGGAGCCAAAGGGAGAAGAGAAGGUCAUACAAAGAUCUUCUACGAGAGGAGGAGGAGAUUGCAGCUCAGGUUCGCAAGUCUUCCAAAAAACGCCCAAAGGAUUCAGAGCUCUUCAUGCUGGGAGGUGACCCACACAAAAAGAAGAAGAAAUAUAGUGAUGACUACUAUUACAGGGAGCACGAAGGCCACCCCAUCCACAAAAAGAAGCACAAAUCACUCGACCGCUCCCCGACACUCUCUUCCCCUUCAUCGUCCCACCCGGCAGACACGGCGAUGGGUCUUCUGCAAGCCAUCACCUCUCCCCUGGCCACAGGAUCCGACCCCGGUUCCAAUUUACACAAAAAGCCCUCCUAUCCCUCCUUAUCCUCGCAUUCCUCAAAAGACCGCAAGCGUGAGGGCGGAAGCAAAGGGAGCCACUCGUUUUCCCAUUCCCGUCCCAUGUCGUCGUCGUCAUCGUCGUCGUCGUCUUCCACCAAGAAGCACUCCUCAUCUUCCUCAAAGUCAUCACUGUUCCACGGCGGCUCCAUCAAAGAGGAGCCUUUAACAUUACGGGAGGCUGAUGGGCUAAAAAUGAAAGUGAUUAUGUCACCGGAAAAGGAGGAAACCGAGGGCAUCCCGAUCACUCACCACUCAUCCAAAGUGAGUGGAAAGAAAGAGAAGGAUCGAGAACGAACGCAGGUGUCGAAAUCACCCAAGAAGAAGCUGCAGCACAGUCGAGAUCCUCUUCCAGUCGUGGGGAAAGAGGUGGAAGUGGAAGGUCAUUAUGGAGGCGGCAUGGGAGAUGACAGCUCAUCGUCGGGAGCGGAGCUGGAGGCGGGCGAACUGGUGAUCGAUGAUUCCUACACGCACCAGUCAAAAAAGAAGAAGAAGAGCAAGAAAAGCAAGAAGAAAAAGGACAAAGAGAAAGACCGGGCCAAGGAUAAGAGUGGGAAGGACAAAAAGCACAGCAAAGGCUUUGGAGAUUCAUCGAGGAGCUACGGCACCUCCCAUCCCACCGUCUCUCAUAGCGCUGUCGGUCCGAUGUAUGCGAUGGGCACGCCGGUCCACCAACAAGGCAGUGACGGGGCGAUGGAGAAGAAGAAGAAGAAAGAGGAGAAAGAUCGGGAGAAGCACGACAAGGAGAAAGAUAAGCCCAAGAAGAAGAGUGCAUCCGCAUACCAGGUGUUUUGCAAGGAGUACAGAGUCAACAUAACUGCUGAACAGCCAGGACUCGUUUUCGGUGAACUAAGCAAAAAGUUGGGAGAGGUCUGGAAGAGGAUGCCGGAAAAAGACAAACUGUUUUGGAGGCAGAAAGCUCAGUAUCUGCAGCACAAACAGAACAAGGCCGAAGCUACCACAGUCAAACACAAAAGCUCAACUGAAAGCAAAAGCAAAGCCAAAGCUGGUGUGGUGUCACCCAACCGAGCACCGGCCACCAUGUCCCUUUCCCCCGCACGGGUGCCCGAUGUCGAUCCUAUCGAUGCAGCUGCUCACCUGCAGCUGCUCGGAGAGUCCUUAUCCCUGAUUGGCCACCGGCUCCAGGAAACAGAGGGCAUGGUUGCAGUGUCUGGGAGCCUGUCAGUGCUUCUUGAUUCCAUCUUGUGCGCCCUGGGGCCUCUGACUUGUCUCACUGCUCAAAUCCCACAGUUAAAUGGAUGUCCCCGAAACGUGCUGUCGAACACGUUGGACAACAUUGCCUACAUCAUGCCUGGUCUGUGAGUGAAGGACGUCAAACAUGCUCGAAGAACUUUGCUGUGACAAGUCAAGGCCCUGAGCAGAGGCCUCUUUGGACUUCAUAGUUACCUUAUAAUUUGGCAAGUCUGAAAACAUUUGUAGUCUCAACGUGUUUUAAAAUUGUAUGUUUUUAGACUUGAUGAAUUAUAGCAAUGUGUCCAUUGAUAGACUUUUAAAAGAAAUAUUUUAUUGUUGAUAGUCUUACCGUCUGAUUUCAUUGUUGUUGUACAGUGCGGCUUUGUAAGAAAUGUUCUUGAGGCUGAAUGCGUGUUUGUGUACAGUACUGUAAUGUUUUUGCACAUGUCUGUAUUUUUUUAUGGUUUGUUCAGGAGCAUCUGCAACCUUGUAGUCAUUUUUAACAUUAGGGAAAUAUAUUUAACAUUUCAUUCUUUAAUAGAGUAAAGAAAAAAAAAUCCCC